AUGACGCUGUCACCCGUGGUGCUCGAUAAUGGUACUGGCAGCAUAAAAUGUGGCUGCGCUGGUGUGUCACCGCUGCCGCUUCUUGUCUGUCCCACCGUUACGGGUAGACCUCGAGUAGAUGCGUUUCCCUUCCGCACCGCUCUCCACUCCUCCCACAGCAACGGGGCCGCUGUGGGGGAGGCAGAGACGGGUCACCGGGCGCAACGCCUUCAACGAGAUAUUUUGUGCGGCGAUGAACUGGACGGGCUGCACGAGGCGGCAGAGCUGACGUACCCAAUUACAAACGGUGUCAUUCGCAAUAUGGACGACAUGCAGGAGCUGUGGGACUACGUGCUCUGCCAACGAUUGCCGCAGAUGUUAGGCACGGCAGCUGGGGGGAGUUCAAGUGCCCCGCAGCGUGUGAAGUGGGAGGAAAGGUCGGCUGAGGGGGAUCGCGGACUUGAGUGGCUGGAAGGCCGUCCGCUGCUCCUCACGGAGACACCGAAUCUCUCACUGAAGCAGCGCUGCGCCGUGAUGGAAGUCUUCUUUGAGGACUACCACUUCAACACGAUCCAGUCGACUCCGCAAGGGGUGUUAACGCUGUUUGCGAACGGCGUGGAGCGUGGGGUAGCCGUGGAGUGCGGCGAGGGUUUGACCCACUGCACGCCCGUCUAUGACGGCUGUGUGCUGACCACAGCGCAGCGCCGCGUCGAUUUGGGCGGUCGUGCCGUGACGGACCGUCUUGAGCAACUUCUGUGUGCGCAUCAGCGUAGCCCGCGAGACAGUGCGAUGCGCGGCGGGCGCCGCGAUGUGUAUCGACGAUUGAAAGAGCGCUACUGCUACGUCUCUUUUGAUCGGUCUUUGGACCAACGCCUACUGCGCGAAACUAACGCGCUGCAAUGCACGUGCGUGCUGCCAGAUGGGGUAACGUGCCGCCUCGGUGCAGAGCGCUUCACCGCGCCUGAAGUGCUCUUUGACCCUUCCUUGAUGGAUGUGGAAUCCCCAGGCAUCUCUGCUGUGUUGUGGGACUGCAUCGAGGCCGCGGACGUGGACGUGCGCCGGUCACUGUAUGAGAGCAUCCUACUCUCCGGCGGUUCCACGCUCUUUCCAGGCUUUGGGGCACGGCUCACAAGAGACAUGAAGGAGUUUUACUUGACGGAAAAACUGAAAGGUGACGUGAGUCGCAUGGCUCGCUGCCCGAUUCAGGUGCAGGAGCCGCCGCGACGGCAGUGCAUGGCGUACAUGGGUGGGGCACUCGUGGCGGAGCUGUCGGCCGAUCGGCCGGAGAUGUGGAUGUCGCGGAAGGAGUACGAAGACGGUGGCACGUCCGCCGUGGUCGCUCGAUAUACGAGCGCGGGGGGUUACUGA